CAAACCGAGCCAAUCCCAUUGGUGAAGGACCCUCUGCUGAUCCUCGGCUCACCUGGGCGGGGAGAAAAGGGUGGCUGCAGACCGCGGGGUCUCUGAGGGUGCAGGCGGCGGACGCGCUGGGGCCGGCCAGGGGGGAGCCUGCAGACUGAGAGAAGUUGAUUGCAGACGGGGCCAUAUUUGAAGCUGAAAUGGAACAAGCAGCUGGUGAGCCCGUGCAAGACAAGGGCACGCGGACACACUUCACAGAAGACUUUCCAAAAGCCAAGAAGUGCACGGUGAUCGGAGGCUCUGGGUUCCUGGGGCAGCACAUGGUGGAGCAGUUGCUGGCAAGAGGCUACGCCGUCAACGUAUUCGACAUUCGGCAAGGGUUCGACAAUCCCCAAGUGCAGUUCUUCCUGGGCGACCUCUGUAGUCAACAGGAUCUGUACCCAGCUCUAAAAGGUGUAAGCACAGUUUUCCACUGCGCGUCACCCCCACCAUCCAGUAACAACAAGGACCUCUUUUAUAGAGUGAAUUACAUUGGCACCAAGAAUGUCAUUGAAACUUGCAAAGAGGCUGGGGUUCAGAAACUCAUUUUAACCAGCAGUGCCAGUGUCAUCUUUGAGGGUGCUGACAUCAAGAAUGGAACCGAAGACCUCCCUUAUGCCGUGAAACCCAUUGACUACUACACGGAGACGAAGAUCUUACAGGAGAGAGCAGUCCUGGGCGCCAACGACCCUGACAGGAAUUUCUUCACCACAGCCAUCCGCCCUCAUGGCAUUUUUGGCCCAAGGGACCCCCAGUUGGUCCCCAUUCUUAUCGAGGCGGCCAGGAAAGGCAAGAUGAAGUUUGUGAUUGGGAAUGGGGAGAACUUGGUGGACUUCACCUUCGUGGAGAACGUGGUCCAUGGACACAUCCUGGCUGCAGAGUACCUGUCCCAAGACACGGCCUUGGGUGGGAAGGCUUUUCACAUCACCAACGACGAGCCCAUCCCCUUCUGGACUUUCCUGUCCCGCAUCCUGACAGGCCUCAAUUAUGAGGCCCCCAAGUACCACAUCCCCUACUGGAUAGCCUACUACCUGGCCCUCCUGGUGUCCCUCCUGGUGACAGUGAUCAGUCCCAUUAUCCAGCUGCAUCCCACUUUCACACCCAUGCGGGUCGCGCUGGCUGGUACAUUUCACUACUACAGCUGUGAGAAAGCCAAAAAGGUCAUGGGCUACCGGCCACUGGUCAGCAUGGAUGACGCCGUGGACAGGACUGUGCGGAGCUUUCACCACCUGCGGAAGGUCGAGUGAGGCGCCCGGGCCCUUUGACGCGUCCCCCAGCCAAUAACUCUCUUCCCUGCAGACCAAUAACUCUCUCCCCUGCAGACCAAUAAACUAGCCUCCUUCCAGUGAGUUUCUUCUGGGCUUAGGUCUCCUCUGCCUGGUUUGAUGAGAGCACACCCGCCCUUACGUGACUGCGAGGGUGGCAAAAUCAGACAUUUCUUCUUCGUAGGACUGGAUUUGGAUGUCUUAAAAUAGUUGUGAGAACACACUACUGUUUUGUGUUCUCUUCCUCUCCCCCAUGCCCUUCCUCCUGGGUUCCUUAUCAUUCUGGUGUCCUUGUACACAGUCAAAGAAGCUGUAGGGAAGAAACAAGCCAUUUGCUGUUUAGAGGGGGUCCUGAAUUUAUUUCCAUGCAGACUGUUCAAGGAGGCACAGUUGAAAAAUACCCUAGAGAAAAGCAGAAGUUAUAAACAUAUGGUGAGGCUUCAAGUGUAGAUUUCAAAUAGACACAGAGUUUAGAGCAAAAACUUUUAAAAAGCUUGAGCGACUGUAAACCCCCCAAGUCCCUAGUGGGGAAGAGACUACUGGUUGCUCACCUCCUUACAUGCGCCCAAGUUCUCUCUCAGGUGGAGCUGGUGUGCCUGCCUGCAUUUUUUUUUUCAUAAAACAUUCUUUUGUGGACACCU